CUACGAUCAAGAAUCCUCACCGGAGAAAGGUUAUUGUAGGAUCGUAAGAGCACUAGAGAAUGGUGCUUCUGCCUGCUUUCUUGGACGGGUUGGCGAGAAGUGUAUCGAUGAAGAAAGGAAAAUAUAUAUCAGAAGAUGAAGAUGGAGGCAGAGAGAUUGCAAAAACGUUGAUGAAAGAUGCCAAGAAGAACUCGACUUUGCUUGGUUCAUCAGGCUUUGUUAACUCAGAAACUUCAAAAAGAUUCACCUCUAUUUGUUCUAAUAGAGGUGAGAAAGGAAUCAACCAAGACCGUGCCAUUGUUUGGGAGGGGUUUGGGUGCCAAGAAGACAUAACAUUUUGUGGGAUGUUCGAUGGACAUGGACCAUGGGGACAUGUGAUAACCAAAAGAGUAAAAAAGUUAUUUCCAUCUUCACUACUUUGCCAAUGGCAACAAACUCUUGCAUCUUUAUCAUCUUCUCCGGAAUGUUUCUCUCCGUUUGAUAUAUGGAAGCAAUCUUGCCUGAAAACAUUCUCCCUCAUCGAUCUUGAUCUCAAGAUCCAUCCUUCCAUUGAUUCUUACUGCAGCGGCUGCACCGCUCUCACCGCUGUCUUGCAGGUACAUAUCUAUCUUAUAGAUUUUAUGGCCUAA